CUAGUUGUUGUCCACAGAAGGCUCAAAAGAAAGACAAAGUGAGUUCCGUUUCUACUUUGUCUGACAAAGCUAUGUUUGUUGACGACGUGUACCAGGAUCUGCUCCAAAAAAAGGGAUCUACCAUAGAAUUGUGCCAAUCAGUUGAGAAAUUGCACCUUGCGGUAGAGAAGUGCAGUGCAGAGAGAUUCCCCCGUUUAUUAGUUCUUAGUCAAAAUAAACCAGAGACAAUGUCCCAUGUAAGUUUGGCUAAAAGUCUGGAUUCAGACAAAACUAAUUCUCAGGAAAAUGUACAAGAAUUUCAGGCCAAUUCAAGUCUAUCCACGGAGGCAAGAACCCCAUCCCCAGUGGAAUUGAUCUCCAAUGGGUCUGUGCACAGUGUAAUGAAUGCCCUCCUCUCAAAAGUCAAACAGAAUUCGGUUGAAUCAGUUUUGGAAUUGCACCAGGCAGUAGAGGAGUUCAGUGCAGAGGUCCCAAGAGCCGUUGCUUUGUCUGUGGUUCAGGCAAUCAGCACUGACAAAAUGCCUGAGCCAUCUCUCACCAUCACUAAGGCUCAAGGAAAGACAACCAAAAACAGGCGAGAGAGAUUCGAUUUCCCUAGUUGUUGUCCACAGAAAGCGCACAAGAAAGCCAAAGUGAGUUCCGUUUCUACUUUGUCUGACAAAGCUAAGUUUGUUGACGACGUGUACCAGGAUCUGCUCCAAAAAAAGGGAUCAGUUGAGCAAUUGCACCUUGCAGUAGAUGAGUGGAGUACAGAAGUCCCCAAAGCCAUUGCUUCGUCUGUGGCUAGAGUGAUUAGCGUAGAACAAAUGGCUGAGUCAUCUCUUAACACUAUUGCUCAAGGAAAGCAAACCAAUAACAGGCAAGAGAGAUCCUAUUUCCCUAGCUUUUGUCUGCAGAAGAAGAAAAAGCAAAACAAAGCCGAACAGAGUUUCACUUCUACUUUGUCUAACAAAGCUAAUUCCUCUUGUCCCCAAGAAGUCCUACCCCAAGUCUGUGGCAGUGCCUCCCCAAGUCUAUGCAAUACAACAGAAACUCAGUCCACAGCUACAGGAACUCCAUCUACACCCGUGGUUUCCUUUUCCAGUGGGUCUGUGCAUAGCUUGGUAUGUGCACUCCUCUUGAAGAUCCGGAAGAAUGCCGAUGGAUCUCCUACUCAGUCAGAGCCAGAGCUGAUUGAGAAAGCCCUGUCUGUCAGUGGAUCUGUGUUGACGCUGUUGGCAGAGGUCAACGGAAUGUCCGUUGAUGAGGAAUCAUCUACCCCUAUUCGGGCACCUCCUGAUGAAGUAGUUGAAGCAGUGUACAAGGACCUGCUGCAGGAAAAGGGUUCUGCAAUCGAAUUGCACCAGGCAGUGGAGCAGUGCAGUGCAGAGGUCCCUAGAGUCAUAGCCUGGUCUCUGGUAAAGGAGAUAAGCACGACUCCCCCCAAUGAAUUCCUUGCUGCCCCAGCUUUCCUCCUCUCCUCUGUGCUGCUUCUCUCCGGACAUCCAAGUAAGGUGAUCUCAUUAUCUGGAAAUUCCAAAUCACUUGCCGCAGCAGCAAGUGAUAGACUCCCUAAGGAUGAGAGUCAGAAGAGGUUUGGCUUGUUGCCAAAGCUGCCUAAGACACAUAAAAUGCAGAAGAUGCCAAAGUUGAAAGCGAAGGUAUGGUUUGAAAGUCUUUGAAUUAAUAACACUUUAUUUAGUUAAGCGUCUCUAUUUUGACAUUUUAUGCUGUUUGUGUGAAACAUCAGUUUUAAUUGCUAGUGAAUUACAAUUAUUGGGAAUGAUCAGAAUUUCUGUUUCUGACAGUUUUGUGACUUGUGUUAACACUUUUCUAUGACCUUCCAGAACAAAGUGGAUCCACUGGCCAUCUACCCCUCUUUUGAUCUUCUGAGAGAGGAUCCACUUGAGGACACUUAUGAUCAUUCAUAAGAGGAUCUAUUGGAAGGCACCUCUGAUGAUCAUACAAACGACUUACAGUGCAGCUGUCCUUUUACAUCACCUCCCAACCCAUUGGAGAAGAACUGACAUUCUGGCUCUGGCACCAAAAGACAGUCUCUCUUCACUAGCAUUGCCAGUGUCAUCACCAAGGCCUUCACUAGAGCACUUCACCCAGUCAUGACCAGGUCUAGGACCAUCUGUAGUAGUAGUUAACUUGACCACCUGAUAAUUCAAGAGAGGAUCCACUGGAUCUUCGGACCUUAUGAUCAUCCAUCUUUGUUUAGAUAAAUUGGAUUCUGAACUAACAAGUUUAUCAUUCCAUUCUUUUCAUUCUUAUUUGAGGUUGGUAGCCACACAAUUACAUUUAGACUUUAGCUAGGUUUCCAUCCAAUUGGCGACAGAUUUUCAUGCAAAUAUUCUAAAUUCUGCAUUAAAAACAAUGUGCGCAUUUUUCCAACAGUGAUGUUUUCAUCAAAUGACGUAGUGCACAUAAUACCUUUUGCGGUACUGUUAAAUUCCCAUGUGUCGAAUAAGAAAUACAAAUUAAAUGGAUUUUCAACUCUGA